AUGGGUGCCAUUGCUAUCCAAACCAUCAUUACUUCUGCUCUCCUCUACUUUUUCCUGGGUCUCCUCAUCAACAACCCGGCAGGUUGUGAGGCUAAGCGCAUAUUAUUCCGCAACGAAGUUCUGAAAGAUGGCUACUCUCUCCAAUGUGGUGACAAUCUCUUUAAAAUGCAACAUGACUGCAACCUGGUCCUCUACCAUGGUACUACCCCAGUAUGGGCUUCUAAUACCGGAGGAUUGGGCCGGAAUUGCCAUUGUAGGAUGCAAUCGGAUGGAAAUCUUGUAGUCUAUAAUCAAAAUAAUCGCCGAAUCUGGGCCACCAACACCAGUCGUGGCGAGGGUCACUAUGUUCUUAUACUUCAUAGUGACGGCAACGUGAUUAUCUACGGCGGUGCUAUUUGGACUACCAAAACCUCCAGAGAGUCUGAUGAUCCAAUCACUUCGUUGGGGGAAAUCGGAUCAUAUGACCCACAAGGUUACAUUAUGGAUCAGCAGUAA